AUGGAGGAUGAGGUUCAGCGGAGAAUUCUGGAUUCUCUGGUAAAUUGGUUUCUCCGUAAAGAAGAAAUAGUUGAUAAUAAGAAUAAGGAGGAGGAGGAGAAAAAGGCGGAUGAUAAGUAUUCUCUGCACCGGGAAUUUCUGCUUUAUAUUCAAAAUUGGCGUGGCAGUAAAGAAACAAAAGUUGAUAAUGAGGAGAUCUUGGAAGAAAGAUUCGUGGGUUGUAAUGGUAAGAAAGGAGAAGCCGCCGAGAGUGGAGUUUUGAUGCCGGGGAUUGAUCAGGGGGGGUUCAAGAAUGAAGAUUGUAAGUUGAAUGAAGCAAAUUUGAUUGAUGAUCAUAUUGUGAAGCAGGGUACUGGGUGGGCGCGUGAGGUUUCUUCUUUGGAGAGUGAAGUUCAGUCUCGGAGAAUUGCAAGGGAGGCUGAGGUUCAGCGGAGACUUCUGGAUUAUAUGGUAAAUUGGUUUCUCCGUGAAGAAGAAUUAGUUGAUAAUGAGAACAAGGAGGAGGAGGAGGAGGAGGAGGAUGAUAAGUAUUCUCUGCACAUGGAAAUUCUGCUUUCUCUUGAUAAUGGGAAUGUGGUUUCUUGGGUGGAGACUGAAAGCUUCAAGAAGGAACAAGUGGAGGAGAUACCGAAAGAGAUGGAUGCUGAAAUGCGAGCUGAUUAUCAGAAGUGCUGCAGAAUUGCUCAGCAAGAAUCCAAUGAUCUUGUUCUUGAAAAUGUGACCGUGAGAGGAGAGAAAGUUGAUAAUGAGAAUGAAGAAAUGGAGGGGAGAAUUGCUACUGAUGAUUAUUCUGAGGAAAAAGGCAAUAAUGAGGAUGAGGAGGAGGAUGGGGUUUUUCUGCAGAGGAGAAUUCCAGAUUCUAUUGUAAAUUGCCGUGGCUGUGAAGAAGAAAAGGUUGAUAGUGAGAAGGAAGAAGAGGAGGGGAGGGACAUACACAUCAAUGAAAAGGUCUCCGAGGAUGCUUCAAUGUUGAACCAAAUUACCAAAGAGCUCGAUGAGAUAGAAUUUACACUUAAGAAAGAAAAUGAUGCAAGUGCUCCUGGGAUGAUCAGAGAUGCUGCAGUACAUGAACAUAAGUCGGAAGAAGGUGUGGAAUCAAGAGAGAUGGAAUCAGCAGGAGAAUGA